AAUCACACGGUGCUGACUUCCACUCGCAGCCUCGCUGGCGUCAGCGCAAGGUCGAAAGUGCGCAACUUUUAGAAGGUAGACACCUGACUCGGCCUGAUCUGCUUUUUUUUUUUUUUUUUUUUUUUUUUUUGAUCUCCCAAGGGGGGAAUAGGAAUGUGGGCUACAAGUGGAUCUAAGCGUAAAAGGUCGAGCCUCUGCCCGUGACGGACACCAUGACCUCCGACCUCAACCUGACCUCCCUGCUGAACGUGAGCGAGCUGCACAACCACUCCCGGGGAUGCUCCCUCACCAAGACGGGCUUCCAGUUCUACUACCUGCCCACCGUCUACAUAAUGGUCUUCAUCACGGGCCUGGUGGGCAACAGCCUGGCCAUCUGGAUGUUCCUGUGCCACAUGCGGCCGUGGAGCGGCAUCUCCGUCUACAUGUUCAACCUGGCGCUGGCCGACUUCUGCUACGUGCUCUCCCUGCCCUUCCUCGUUUUCUACUACUUCAACAAGACCGACUGGGUGUUCGGCGACGUGCCGUGCCGGCUGCAGCGCUUCAUUUUCCACGUCAACCUCUACGGGAGCAUCCUGUUCCUCACCUGCAUCAGCGUGCACCGCUACAGCGGGGUGGUGCACCCACUCAAGUCCCUGGGCCGGCUCAAGAAGAAGAACGCUGUGGUCACCAGCGCGCUGGUGUGGGCGGUGGUGGUCCUGGCCAUCUCGCCCAUACUCUAUUACUCGCGGACCGGCAUGAAGCGUAACGCCACCAUUUGCUACGACACCACCACGGAGGACGAGCUACCUGGGUAUUUCAUCUACAGCAUGACGCUGACCGUCUUCGGCUUCUGCGUCCCGUUCAUCAUCAUCUUCUGUUGCUACGGCAUGAUCGUCAAGGCCUUGGUCUGCAACGACAUGAACAACGCGCCCCUGCGGCAGAAGUCCAUCCACCUGGUCAUCAUUGUCCUGGCGGUCUUCGCCGUCUCCUACUUGCCCUUCCACGUCAUGAAGAACCUCAACAUGCGGGCCAGACUGUACUUCCAGAGCCCGGCCAUGUGCGACUUCAACAACCGGGUGUACGCCACCUACCAGGUGACCCGGGGAUUGGCCAGCCUGAACAGCUGCGUGGACCCCGUCCUGUACUUCCUGGCCGGCGACACCUUCAGGAGGAAGUUGUCGCGGGCCGCCAAGAAGCCUUCCCGGAAGGGGGACCAUGCGCUGCAGUCGAAAAGCGAGGAGACGGCGCUGAACAGCCUGGCGGAGCACGUGGAGAACGGCGAGCGGCGGGUGUGAGACUGCGCGGAAGUGAGCUUUUUAUGAUCCGGAUCAGGGGUGUCAAACGUGGAUCAGGUUUUACCCGGCCAAAGGGAGGAGUCUGCUAACUUUAGAGUGUCCGCCCUGAGAUGGGUAGGUUGUGAGUUCAAACCCCGGCCGAGUCUUACUAAAGACUAUAAAAAUGGGACCCAUUACCUCCCUACAAGGGUUGGAAUUGGGGCUUAAAUCACCAAAAAUGAUUCCUGGGCGCGGCCACCGCUGCUGCUCACUGCUCCCCUCACCUCCCAGAAGGUGGUCAAGGAUGAUGAGUCAAAUGCAGAGAAUAAAUUCGGCCACACCUAGUGUGUGUGUGUUUUAACUUUAACUUUUUAAAAUGGUAGCCAUUACCUCCCCUGCACUCAGCAUCAAGGGUUGGAAUUGGGGGUUAAAUCACC